AUGAAGCGUCUGUUGCUGACCGUGUGCUUAGUGACGGCGUGUGUCGCCGUGCCGCCGAAGAUAGUUCGUCCGUGUCACGUGAAGAACAAGGAGUGUCUCCGUGAGAACCUGGCCGCUAACUCCGCCUGCAAGCCGCGCUAUGGCUCCGUGCCAUCCCAGUACAAGAUCCCCGUCUUCAAGUUCUACACGCCUUACUUCAACGCUACGUACAUCGACCACGACCUGGUCAUAAGAAACCACGACAAGUGUGCCGUCAGCGAGUUCUUCUACAACAUGGCGUCUGACACGGCGGUGUUGUCUCUAGACUGUCCCCUCCUCCGCCUUGAGUCCACGAGGACCCUCAUCCAACACGCGAGCAAGGCUGAGAACACACAGUACAGCUUCAAGUUCCACGGAACUUACCCUCUUAUACGCCUGACCAUCAACUUGAAUCACGCCAACUCCCUCGACCUCUGUUCGUCCUUCACCUUCGCUGACGUCACAGCUCUACCCAUCUUUGACAUCAACCCGACCGAUGUUAAGACAGCCAAGUUCCUGUCCACGGACCUGACUCUCAUGAACAUCUACGAGCGCGAGACUUUCUCCUACAGAGCUAACCAGCUCGCCAGAAAAUACAUUAACACUGAGAUCUGUGACUUUGGAUGUGACGCCUGA